AUGGCAUAUCAGAAUCUAAUGAACAACUACUUCAACCCCAACUCGGUGUACAACGAAGAGGAUUUCAGAAGUCGCUUUCGGAUGAGGCGUCAUGUCUUCAAGCGUUUACUUCAUGAUGUCCAACAUGUCAAUCUAUACUUUCGACAGAAACUGGACAAAGCAGGCCACCUUGGUUUAUCACCUCAUCAGAAGAUUACUAUUGCACUCCGAAUGUUGGCCUAUGCCUCCCCAGUUGAUGCAAUGGAUGAUACAUAUGGUAUGUCUGAGUCUACAGGCCUUGAUAAUCUUACUGAAUUCUGUCAAGCAGUUGUUCAACUUUACAAAGAGGAGUACCUCCGUCAACCAAAUCAAGCAGACCUAAAAUGGUUUUUUCGCAAAGCUGAAGACAAUGGCUUUCUAGGCAUGGUAGGGCCGUUAGAUUGCAUGCAUUGGUAG